AUGCCAAUCGGUAGUGAAGCGCAUCCAUAUAAACGAAGUAUUCAUACACGAUGUCCACCAACAUGUUCAAUGUAUUGUCCAUGUGGCAAUAUUCUCGAUAAAAAUGCUUGUCCAAUUUGUCGUUGUCGACCAUCGAAUGUCUGUACUGGACGACAUCCUAAUGCUCAUCCAAGACAACAUCAAAGUUAUACUAAAUCACGUAUUCUCUAUUAA